UUUCUGUUCACUUCAGUAAGAAAAUAGCGAAGCAAAGGUAGUGCGUGUGUGCACAAAAGACAGCGACACAGAGUAGAAAAAAAUCAGUGAAUUUUUAUUAUUUUCAUUCAACAAAAUAUUCAAUUGAAUUAUUAGCGUGUUUGAUAUCCAAUUUGUCUGCAGAUUGUACUUGAAGUGAUAUCUCCAGAUAUCUGGUUUGCAUCAGUCAUCGGAAGCAUUUCGUUCGACUGUGCGUGUUUGUUCGUCCGUGGAGAGAGAGAGAGAGAGAGAGAGAGUUACGUAAAUACAAAGUGCAUUUUGUGGUGACAGUGUUAAAACUGUGAAGAUGUCAUCGAGCGCCGGUUCGAGCAGUGGCAGUGGUCGCGGCCGUGGAAAUGGUAACGGUAACAGUAGCAACAACAGCAAUGGCAAUGCAUCAGCUGUAAAUGGACCGCAAGAAACAAAGCCAGAAACAAAAGAUCCAAAACCAAAUCCAAAGAUUUCCAAGGCAUUAGGAACAUCCGCUAAACGCAUACAGAAGGAAUUGGCCGAAAUCACACUUGAUCCACCACCAAAUUGUUCAGCCGGUCCAAAAGGUGAUAAUCUAUAUGAAUGGGUCUCAACUAUUUUGGGUCCACCAGGAUCCGUUUAUGAGGGUGGUGUAUUUUUCCUAGACAUACACUUCUCACCGGAAUACCCAUUCAAACCGCCAAAGGUAACCUUCCGGACACGAAUAUAUCAUUGUAACAUCAAUAGUCAGGGUGUGAUCUGUUUGGAUAUUUUGAAAGACAAUUGGUCUCCAGCACUGACAAUUUCAAAAGUAUUAUUAUCCAUUUGCUCACUUUUGACCGACUGCAAUCCUGCCGAUCCUCUCGUUGGAAGCAUUGCCACACAAUAUCUGCAAAAUAGGGAAGAACAUGAUCGAAUCGCUAGACUAUGGACCAAACGAUACGCAACGUGAUUUAGCUGCUUUGUGUGCGUUGUAACCAAAUUCGACAUCGAUGGAGAAGAAGAAGAAAAAUGAAAACAACAACAAAAGCAAAAAAAAAAACUACAAUAAAAUCUAAUCAAGAUAUGUAUUUAAUUCAUAAGGCAAACUAAAAACUAAACACGUACAUAUAUAACUAUUAAAAAGUAAGAAACAAAAAAAAAGCAUAAUUAUGUAUUCGAUUUUCUACAUAUAACAAAGACAAGAGAAAUCAUCAACCAAUUGCGCGUCAUAAGAAGAAAAAAAAGAAUAAGUACUGAAAAAAAUGGAGCUACCAUAUCUUCGAUCAAAUUAAAAUGCCAUAAAAUCGUUUAAAAAAUUCUUUAGACCAGUCUAUGUCAUUUUUAUUUGAAUGUUGAACUAUGCAAAACCCGAAACAUUGAUGAGAAUUGUUGAAGGAAUCGAAAAAAAGAUAAAAAUUAAAAAGAAAGAUGAAGAAUAACAGGAAUAUGUUCGCGAGAAUGCAAAAUACAAAAAAAAAUAUUAUAAAAUUCUAGUUUGUAUACUAUCCUGAUUUACGAUAAAAUGAAUUUAAACUUCAAAAGAAAAAUAACAAAUAAGAAUUUAUAUUAGUUUCCAUAAGGGUUUUUUUUCUUUUGCCACACACAUGUGACUGUUCAUAUUUUGAACGAAAGUGAAAAGAGAAAGCUAAACAUAUGAUUUAAAUAAAAAGAAAAUGGAUUUAUGCGCAAGAA